AUGCACAAAUUAGUUUCGAAACAAUACGGUAUGGAUAAUCUGCCUGAAGGUGAAAGAUGUGUAGUUGAGACUCAAAAUGGAACCAUUUGUGGAUACAUUGAUAAACGGGAUGAAGGAGUUUAUUAUAAAUUUAAAGGCAUUCCAUAUGCUGAGCCACCCUUGGACAAGCUUAGAUUUAUGCCUCCAAUACCAAUUAAACCCUGGAAAAACACACUUGAUUGUACAAAAGAUGCACCUUUACCUCUGUCAAUAUAUGUGGAUCAAGAAGUUCAAGGGUCCGAGGAUUGCUUGUACUUGGAGGUUUCCUCUCCAAACAUAAAACCUAACAAACCAUUGCCAGUCAUGUUUUGGAUUGGAAGCUGCAAUUUUACAUUUUAUAUUGAUCAUAUUCUAGAUCCAACUCCACUAAAUAAUGGAGAUAUAGUUUUUGUAAGAUGUGGGUUUCGUUUGGGGCCUUUUGGCUUUCUAUCCAUAAAUGAAUUUACAGCACCGGGCAAUGUUGGACUAAAGGAUCUCAUUUUAGCCUUAAAAUGGAUUCAGAAUAAUAUAAGUAAAUUUGGAGGGGACCCUAAUAAUGUAACAGCAUUUGGAAGCAGCACCGGAGGUAUUGAGAAAAGUGACAAAUUUGAAAUUGUCGAAGAAAUGAGAAAACUACCUGCUCAAUAUCUAAUGGAAACAUACACUACAUGGUUUAUAAACAAAUACAAGUGGGAUAAUGAUGUAUUUGAUUCAGUAUUUAAGCCUUGCAUAGAAAGCGAGUUUGAAGGUCAACCUGUUUUUCUGUGCAAAAGCCCAGCUAUAAUACUAAAAUCGGGUAAUUUUAAUAAGGUUCCUAUUAUGAUAGGUAGCAACAAUGUAGAGGCUUUCGUGUUUCAAUUUAUUAAGGAUAACUUUUAUGAGGACUAUGAAAAAUACAAUGAGAACAUACGGCUUUUAGUGCCAAAGUCACUUGCAAAUGUUAACAGUGAUAGUUUGAAAAAAAUUGGCCAGCAAAUACUGUCGUUCUAUUUCAACAGUGCAGAAGGAUUAAAUGAGCACACAAGAGUGCAAUACUUGCAAUUUUUAACUGAUUACUACUUUUUAUACUAUGUUAACAAAACCGUUCAAAUACAUAGCCAAGUUGCUCCUGAUUGCCCAAUAUAUUAUUAUGUUUUAUAUUACGCUGGAGAAUGGUUUGUACCUAAAGAACUAGGCUUUUUCAAUUCUAUAGGCCACGCUGCAGAAGUACCAUUUAUAUUCCAAAUUAAGGCUAAAGACUCAAAGUUCUAUAAAGGUAGUUGUGAUUCCUUAACAACUCGGGAUAGAUUUGUUAAGAUGUGGACAAAUUUUGCAAAAUAUGGGAAUCCAACACCAAAUGAUGACGAUGAACUCUUACAGAUAACCUGGGACCCAGUAGAAAGCGAAAAGAAAUUAAACUUUUUAAGUAUAGGUUCUGAUUUAACUAAAGGCAGAAAUCCAUUUCGCAAACGUAUGGCUUUUUGGGACAACCUUCACCAAGAACAUAUUAUUUUAAAAAUAAUAACACACAUGAGCGAUAUGGGAUUGAGAUUUUAG